UACUUUGCAGUGAAAAAAUUAAAACAAACAUUGACAGUACUGUGAUCGAUGCAUUUGGGCGUGGUGCGUGAUUUAGCGUGGCUGCAGCUGAGCGUUUUCAGCGUGUGCUGGGGAUGCCUGCCUCUCCCCUUUUCCCUUCAAGGGCCGCAGUCCAGCGUGCCGCCGGCGAUCAACCUGGAGGGUAUGAUCACAGACGCCAUGCUGACCAGCCGGCAGGACGAGCGCCUGACUCUGCCGUUGGCCCCGGAUGAGCGCCUCCAGCAGGGGGAACUGCGGCGCCCCCAGCUGGGCGAGGACGCGACGUUCAGCUGCGAGGCGCCGCCCGGGGGCGACUGGCGCUCGCUGACCUGGCUGCACCGCGGACGCACCGUCUUCGAAGCAGGCCACGCCCAGCCGGAAGACCCGGCACAGCGCUACAACGUCAGCCGCGUGGGUGACCGCCGCCUGCAGCUGGUCGUCCUCAACGUCACCGCCUACUCGGGCGGGCCGCUCCUCUGCGUGGAUGCCACGCCCACUACAAGGAGCUACACUGGCCCACCGCGCGUUCUGCGCCGCUUCACGCUCCUCCCGCAGAUUACCCGCGCCAGCGAGGUCUUCGAGCCGCAGCUGGAGACACCGCACGUGACCAGCGUGGGCGUCCCCAUCAUCAUCCCCUGCCGCGUCCGCUUGCCGCUCCCGGAGGCUAUUUUGCGCAAUCAGGAGAACCACUAUUUCUGGCGCUACAAGGGCCGCAUCUUCCGCCCACCCACGGAGCUGCCGUACGGUGCGCUGCCUCCGUCCAAAGAGGUCUUGACGGGAACUUACAACCGGAAAAUGACCUUAUCCCCCAAUCUGCCCGGACAGUUUCUGGACUAUGCACUGCAACUGACCGUUCGGGAAGCUAACGCAGGCGCUGAGCUGCAGUGCUUCUUCCGGCCGCACGAAGGCGUCCAUGAGUGGAUCUUUCAGACUACUACGAUUACUGUUCUCAACGAAUAACUAUGCGAGCAUACAAAGUUAAUACGAAUAUCAAGUCUGCUGUCGACAUAAAUUGUUGGAUAUCUUAGCUUUCCUAUGUUCCUCUGUCUUGCUUAUGUUGCCCAUAUGUCUGAUAUCCGAAAUGGAAGUAGACCAAGGGCCUCGAACCCACUCAUUACUUCCGGUUGCGAAGCAUCGGCCUGCGAUGAUGGUUGAGGUAGGUAUAAAAGCUUCCGGUGAAUCAUUUCCGGUCGGUUCGUUCGUCCCUGGAAGCUGGAGCUGGCGAAAGGAAAACUCGGGGGCAUUCUUGUGUUGUCGUAAGGCUACUGGUAAUGGUCGGUUACGGUCUUAAGGGAAAUGGCUCGGUACAUGGUGUCAAAAAUGGGAUAC